CCGGUCUAGCAAAGCGGACUUCAAUCUUGUUAAGGACUGUGGAAGGCGACUUACCCGCCGUGACUUCAUUCAGCGAUCUCCGUUCGCAUCUCCGACCGUCUCGCCGGCGGGAGCAAGAAUGCAGGGCGGAUCCACCGGCAUCGUCUAUGGCGGCCUCAAGUACCAGGCGCGUUGCAUCGCCGACGUGCGCGCGGACGCCGGGUCAACCACCUUCCUCGCCGGAACCCUCAGCCUCAAGGAGGAGAACGAGGUGCACCUGAUCCGGCUGCUGCCGGGGGAGAACGAGCUCGUGUGCGACGGGCUGUUCUACCACCCCAACGAGAUCUGGGACCUCAAGUCCUGCCCCUUCGACCACAGGCUCUUCUCCACGGUCUACACCUCUGGUGAGGGUUAUGGCGCGUCCGUUUGGAAGAUCCCGGAGCUGUACGGGCAGUCGAACUCGCCUCAGCUUGAGGAGCUCUUUAAGCUUGAUGAGCACACGGCCAAGAUAAGAUGUGUUCUGUGGUGGCCACUGGGGAAGCAUGAUAAGAUAAUUAGCAUCGAUGAGAGAAAUAUUUUUCUCUGGAACAUAGACCCAUCUAAUAAAUCAGCCAAGGUGGUAUCACAGGGAUCUGCUGACAUUCUUCCCAAUUUACGUGGUGGAGCUUGGGACCCACACAAUCACAACUCAAUUGCUGCUAUAACUGAUUCGUCACUUCACUUCUGGGAUCUCCGUUCCAUGAAGAGAUCAAAUGCAAUUGAACAUGCACAUAUUCGAGAUGUGGAUUAUAAUCCCAAGAAGCAAAACAUAAUUGCAACAGCAGAAGACGAAUUCGGAAUUCGCUUGUGGGAUCUCAGAAUGCUUAAACAUCCUUUGAAGGAUCUCCCUGGACAUUCACAUUGGACAUGGGCUGCUCGGCACAAUCCUGAGUAUGAUGAGCUGAUUCUGAGUGCUGGAACGGAUUCAGCUGUCAAUUUAUGGUUGGCUAAAGUUGGAACGGAUGAAUCUGGAGUGGAAAGCCCAUCUGGUUCGCCCAAUAGUCAAGAAGAACCAUUACUGAACUCGUAUACUGACUAUGAAGAUAGCAUAUACGGAAUUGCAUGGAGCUCUCAUGACCCAUCCUUGUUUGCUUCUUUGUCUUAUGAUGGAAGGGUUGUUUUAGAAUCUAUCAAGCCCUACUUGCAGAGAAAAUGAAGCUUGUUGGUCAAUUUUCUCCACUUUAUGUGUAUCAGACUUGUGUUGUGCAUAUAAUUGGUGUUGUAGAGCUCCGCCCUUGCCAUUCUGUGUUUGGCUAUGAGGGGCUAUGAUCCGGUUGUGGUAACCGUGGUACAGUAGCAAGCCAAUAAUAUUUCAGUAAUCAUGGCGGCUGAACUCCAGGAUGAUUCAGGUCAGCUGCGGCUGAGAAAGAAAUUGUAAUCUAGCCAACGAUUGAAAAUAAUAUAACGCAGCUGAGGUUUCAACUGCUUUCUUGUAUCUUCCAAUUUGGUAGUAACUGGUUCUUCAAUUUUGGUUCA